CUAUUGGGCUCCUGAGAGGCCCGUACUCCAAAACUUUCGUGUUUUUUUUCCCUCUUCGAAGUCCAAAGUCUAAAACCCCAAAACCCCAAAACGCUCCUUGUCUUCGGCACUCUGCUAUCAUCACCACCACCCCAACCGCUCGCCCUACAGCUACAGGACGCUCGCAGUGUGUUUACCGAGAACAAACGGAAGCAAAUCCAAGAUAACAGAAAUCCAAUGAAUACAACAAAGAAGGCUUUGACAGCAGUCACACAUCUUACUUCAAUUUAUCCUCGCCGACUACACACCUUCCACCAUCACCGCCAUUAUCAUCACCGCCUAUUUUAUCGUUUAUUUUCAGCCCAACCACAGCAACGCCAAGAUGAUUCGGACGACUCCCACCCUAACAACAGCGCUAUCUCUGACUUUGACAGUGCCCAAUUCUCCAUCCCCGAUGCCCUCAGAACUACCCCUCAACAACCUACCUGGGAUGUCCACCAUAGGCAACGAGUUGAGCGGAUAUUCUCCAACGGCGAUCUCCGCCACAGAAAAGUUAAAGAAGAGGAAGAGGAAGAGGAGAGCAGGAGAAGGAUUCUUGCAAAAGCCUUGCUUGAGGCAGCCUUAGAGGGCCCAGACGAGGAUGCCGACCAGGACCAAGAGGUCAAGGAAGAGGACCAGAAGUCUCUCUCCGUUGGGAUAAUUGGCGCCCCUAAUGCUGGAAAGUCAGCCCUUACUAAUUUUAUGGUUGGGACUAAGGUUGCUGCUGUGUCACGGAAGACAAACACAACCACACAUGAAGUUUUAGGGGUCAUGACUAAAGGGGAUACCCAAAUUUGCUUUUUUGAUACCCCUGGACUCAUGUUAAAUAGAAGUGGAUAUCUUCACAAAGAUAUGAAGGUUCGCGUUGAGAGUGCCUGGAGUUCAGUUAAUCUCUAUGAUGUGCUCAUGGUUAUUUUUGAUGUCCAUAGGCAUCUUACAAAGCCUGAUUCAAGGGUGAUAAGAUUAAUCAAACGUAUGGGAGAAGAACCGAAUCCUAAACAAAUACGGAUUUUAUGCAUGAAUAAGGUAGAUUUGAUAGAGAAAAAGAAGGAAUUGUUGAAGGUUGCUGAGCAGUUCAAAGAUCUUCCUGGCUAUGGAAGGAUUUUCAUGAUCUCAGGAUUGAAGGGCUCUGGAGUAGAAGAUCUUACUAAAUAUCUCAUGGAACAGGCAGUUCAAAGGCCUUGGGAUGAAGAUCCUAUCACAAUGAGUGAAGAAGUCAUGAAGAAUAUUUCAUUGGAAGUUGUCCGGGAAAGGUUACUAGAUCAUGUGCAUCAGGAAAUCCCAUAUGGUAUUGAUCACCGUUUGGUAGACUGGAAGGAGUUACGAGAUGGAUCUCUGAGGAUUGAGCAGCACUUCAUUACCAGCAAAAUGAGCCAGCGAAAGAUUCUUGUGGGGAAGAAUGGCUCAAAAAUAGGGAGAAUCGGGAUUGAAGCUAACGAGGAGCUAAGGUCUAUCUUCAAAAGGGAGGUGCAUCUCAUUCUUCAGGUUAGAGUUAAAACAUAAGCUCCAAGAAAAUAUAGUCAAAAUGUCCAGAACUGCACACACAUCCCGGGAUACCAUCUGAGGUGUAUAUAAAACGAGUAGCCAAUGUAUUUGUACCGUCAUUUCCCUAGGGUCUUCUCUUUGUAAGGCCAAAAUGAAGUCAGCUAUUAGUGGCUACAGAUGAUUAAUUUUAUUGGGAGGUUCAAGUGGGGGUAACACAAAUUAUGAAAAGAUCCCACUUUUGCUCUCCUUCAAUGCGCCUACGUGUCCUAAAUUUUUAGGUGAAUUACUUUUAAUUUCUUGUAGUCCCAAGUGUUGUAUUCAUGUCUCAUUACAUGAAAGCUAAGGUUGAGGACCUAUUCAGUUAA